UUACAGUAACAUUAGAGUGGCACUACUGUCCCUUUGGGGGAUUAUAGGGAGAAAUCCUUCAAUCCUACUCUGAGAUCCUUAAACCCUGUAUCCUUAAUAAUUUCCCCGUGUGAUCUCUUUCCAGAACUCUCGCUAGAAUAUACGUUGGAUGUGAAUUGUCAUACAAGUGUUUUUUCACACAGGAUUAUUCUUUUGCGCUUGGUGGUGGAUUGUGACGUCGGUUCUCUUCUGAUAGGCAUCAUGAUCUGGCAACCCAUCACAGUUCCUCUCCAGCGAAGCUAAGCUACAUCUUCUCUGCGUUUCCCAUCACUGCUGGGGAGAGUACUAGACCCUUCGUAUCGACCGACACGCAAAAAAUAGUGCGGGGAAAAUAUAUUCAACAUCCCAGGGUGUAACAGAGGAGGGAAGGUGCACUCAGGAUGGUCACCAUUCCAGAGUAUUACGAGGGGAAAAAUGUGCUCAUCACGGGGGCCACAGGCUUUAUGGGGAAAGUGCUUUUGGAGAAGCUGCUGCGCUCCUGUCCUGGUGUCAAAGCCGCGUAUGUGCUUGUGCGGCCUAAAGCGGGACAGGCGCCUGAUGCUCGCAUCGCUGACAUGAUCAACUGUAAGCUAUUCGACAGAUUGCGAGAGGAUCAGCCGGAUUUCGCGGGGAAGAUCGUGGCCGUCAACAGUGACCUGACGCAGCCCGAUCUGGACCUGAGCGCUGAAGACCAGGAGACCCUCACAGGCUGCAUUAAUGUCGUGUUUCACUGCGCUGCCACCAUCCGCUUUAAUGAGCCGCUGAAAGAUGCCAUGCAGUUGAAUGUGUUGGCCACGCAGAAGAUGGUCAGCCUGGCUCACAGAAUGAAGCAUUUGGAGGUGUUUAUCCACGUGUCCACAGCCUAUGCCAACUGUGACCGAGAGCUCAUUGAAGAGGUGGUUUAUCCACCGCCUGUCGACUACAGGAAGCUUAUAGACACUCUUGAGUGGAUGGAUGACAAACUGGUGUCUUUGAUGACACCGAGGCUGUUGGGUGAGCGGCCGAACACAUACACCUUCACUAAAGCGCUGGCAGAGCAGCUGGUCCAGCAGGAAUCUGGAAACCUCAACAUCGCCAUCAUAAGACCCUCUAUAGUAGGAGCCAGCUGGAAAGAGCCAUUCCCUGGCUGGAUUGAUAAUUUCAACGGGCCUAGUGGAAUAUUCAUCGCUGCAGGAAAGGGGAUUCUCCGAACAAUGAGGGCUUCAAAUAAUGCCGUCGCUGACCUGGUGCCAGUCGAUGUGGUCAUAAACACCACUUUAGCCGCUGCCUGGUAUUCAGGCUCCCAAAGACACGCCAGGCCCAGAAGUUUGUUAGUGUACAAUUGCACGACGGGUGGCAUCAAUCCUUUUCACUGGGGUGAAGUUGAGUACCAUGUAAUAUCCACUUUCAAGAGGAACCCCCUCGAGCAGGCCUUCAGGCGGCCAAACGUAAAUCUCACAACCAAUCACCUAAUCAAUCAGUACUGGAUUGCUGUAAGCCACAAGGCGCCAGCAUUCCUGUACGAUCUCUUCCUCAGGAUGUCGGGAAGAGAGCCCAGGAUGAUGAAGACCAUUACUCGACUGCACAAGGCCAUGAUGCUGGAGUAUUUCACCAGCCACUCCUGGGUCUGGACACAGACAAACGUCACCAUGCUCAUGAACCAGAUGGGGGCCGAGGAGAAGAAGGUAUUUAACUUUGACGUCAGGCAGUUACACUGGGCAGAAUAUAUGGAGAAUUACUGCAUGGGCACCAAGAAGUAUGUUCUCAAUGAAGAGCUGUCAGGACUCCCAGCGGCACGCAAACACUUGAACAAGCUGCGGAACAUUCGCUACACUUUCAACACCGUCUUGGUGGUUUUAAUCUGGCGCAUUUUCAUCGCCCGCUCGCAGAUGGCCAGAAACAUCUGGUACUUCGUGGUCAGCUUGUGCUUCAAGUUCCUGUCUUAUUUCAGAGCCUCCAGCACCAUGAGAUACUGAAUCCUCCUCUUCGCCCUCAUCAUCUCCUCCUCUCCUGACGGCUAUGCACACGUUUCUGCUUCGCGACACUCCAGACUCUGAGGUCUGUCCUCCCCUCGACAGGGCGCAAGUGCACUCACACUGCUAAGUAGAAAGCAUGAUUUUUUUCAGGGUUUGAGGUUUAAGACGCUCUCUCUCUCUCUGCGUUUGAGCACUUACUGUAACCCGUUUCACCUCCUGAGCGCAAACAGGUCGUGGACGACUUGAUAAUUAUAGUUUACAUACUGUACAUGCUCAUACUUGUCAGCGCCAAUGGUCCCGUUCCAAACCAUGAAGCACAAUGAGUAAAAACACACAAACAAAAACAAGAGAUGGCUUUGUCUCGGAUCUGUGCCUACGUUCAGAAAUGCUCCCAAAUGUCUUUGUUGGAUUCAUCUGUUUCUGCCUUACUUCUUUCCGAUACCUCGCGAAACUCUUUGAGACAAAAGUGAUCAGCGUUUCUGGUAAUAAAUGUCUUUAGCGUCUGAUUGUAGUUUGUUUUGUAGUCAACGAACGAAGUGGAAGCUGUGAGGGAUUGAAGUGCAGAGCGUUUGAUGGAUUAGUUCACAUUUUCUGAUUAUUUACUCAAUUUAUUUCUGUCUUUGGAUGAAAACAUAUUAAGGUUUUUAAGGGAAAACGUAGGAUUUUUCCAACAUAAAGUGGACUUCAGUGGUUUGAACUUCCGAAUUUGCAGUUUCAGCUUUAAAAGGCUCUAAACGAUCAUAACUUAUCUAGCUAAACGAUUGCUCAUUUUGUUAAAAAAUUUAGAUAUUUACACUUAUAAACCACAGAAGCUUGUAUCCCAAAGCUAGAGCUAGACAAUUUUGUUUAUUUAUUUACAUUUUUUAUAAAGGUGAUUAUUUUUUGAAAGGUGAAACUAAAAAUCGUUCAAGAAAUCACAUCGCUGUUCUCUCUUGAAUCGAUUCUAAUCGUAGUUUUUAACAGCAGAUGACUCUUUAGGCUAGCUUUGAACCGUACGCUAAAAUGCCCAUGAGGAAGUUGACUAAAAAUUUGGCUUUCAAGUCACGAGAUAAUUGUAAACACAACUGACUAUGAACGCUUUUGUAAUUCGCUUAAAGCUUUCCUUACUUUAUUCAUUAUUUUUGGUUCUAGCGGUAUUAGUAAGGAAAUGGAUGCAAGUAUGUUUGUUUGUAAAGCACACGGCGUCAUCUGCUGCUACAAACUACGCUCAGAAUUGAUUUAAGAGUGAACAGUGCUGCUUUUCGAAAGUCUCAAAAUCAUUUUUUGUACUAUAGAAGUACUAUAGAAGUCCACCAUAUUGAGGAAAAUCCUGCAUGUUUUCCUUCAUUUCUUUUUGACUGAAGAAAGAAAUAAGUUAGCAUCUUGAAUAACAAGUGGGUCAAUAACUAAAUUAUCAGGACAUUUUUCAUUCUGGAAGUGAAUCCUUUAACAGUUCAGCUGAUGAAACAUCUUCUGAAAUGGACAAAAGCUCUAGAAAAUAGACCCUCACAACAUUUUUUAGUCAUAAUCAAUAUGACGUCUAAUAUUUAUUUGUGCCACUUGACUUUAGGUUGGCCGUUUUUUUUUUUCUGUUUUUUUUUUUUCAAAGCAAUCAAGCGCGUUUACUCAAUCAUUUUUCACUUAUUAGUAAAGCAGGCUUGUAUGUUUUUCUCAAAUUUCUCACACAAUUAAAAAAAUUAAAAGGUAACGACUACAUAUUCAAAUGUAAUAUCACACUGACGAUUUCAACUUUUUAUUUUUAAACUUGUGUUUGGAAGACAAAAUUGCAAGGUUGACUGAGGAUUCCUUCUUUAAAUCUUAUGAUUAGGAGUUUCGCAAUUAAAUUUUUUUUCUUUUUUUACAAUUUAGAUAAAAAUCACAAGGAAAAAUAGUCUUCAUCGUUUUAAAAUGUUACAAGAAUAAAAGAUCAUAAGUCUAAAUUGUAAUACCUAAACUCAAACUUGCGAAAUUAAGUCACAAUUACGAUAAAAAUGGAUAAUUACAAAUUCAUCAUCGUUAUCAUCGAAUUUAUCAAAGUUACCAUCGGAAUUCUAGAAAAGCUCAAACCUGGAGUUGUUCAACAGGUUUAGUCUUUAUAAAAAAUGAGCCUCAUUAAUAAACUGAGCCCAGCAAAUUUUCAUAGAUGCUUCUUCGUAAACGCUUAAAAAAAAAUCGUUACGCUUACAUUUCAUAGAUGAUGCGAGAUGAUUUUCUCUUGCCAUAACUUAUUACUACUGUUCAGGUAAUAGGCAUUUGUACAUAAACCAAAUAUAUCAGCUGUCAGAAUUCAUGCGCUACUAUUUUUUUUAGCAUUCUUCAUCACAUCGAAUUCAUAUCAGAAGGUGACGGCGAUCCGUUUUAACUGGAUAAAGUGUUUUUUUGUGUCUGAAUGUUGACGUAAUGUGAAAGAGCAAACGGAUGUAUGUUUUGUAAACCAUUUCUGUACUUCUAUUUUCGAUAAAGCACUGUAGUUUAACGUUGUCCGCUACCAAGUAUUUUUGAAAUCAAUAGGAAGCGAUUGUUUAUGACGAGUGAAAUGAAGAAACGUAAAAUGCCUGUGCUUCGGAUCACCGUUCAAAUCAAGUUGCGUUUUUUCAUAACUCUUUGCACAGCUUAAUAUCAUUAGCAGGAAACGCUAGUUGACGGAUAUCGUUACUGACUUUGUGGAUUAUAGAUGAGCUAUUCUGUCUUUUCUAUUAACGACCGAUUUAAAAAGAAAAUACAAAACGCAAAAAAAAAAAGGAUCCUUGCCUUUAUUUUAGCACGUAAAUCAGGAUCCGUAUUUUUUUAUGUGGGGCUUUGAGCGAAAUGGUGAUUUUUGAACGAGUUCUACGUAUUCAGGGUCUAAUUAAGAGUAUUUUUUACCCCGAAAUAGGGUAAUACUAUAGGAAAAAAUGGUUAUAUUGUUAAAGAAUAUUAGGCAUCGUCACUUCAUGUUCCAUUUCCCCGAAAGCAUUUUAUAAUAUUAGCAUUUCCUUCAUUAUUAUGAAAUUGGGCUGAAAUCAGGCUUUGAUGGGACAGGUGUAGUUUGUUAAACUUUUCUUUGUUUUGUCUGCUUUAUUUAUAUGUUUUUUGUUUAAUAUUGUGUAACAAUCAAGAAGUGAGUGAAUUGUAUUCCCCAUAAUGUCUGUUUUCUUGAAAAUGUGUAUUUGCCACAUUAAAAAUGUCAACGGAGGGUUCAAAAUCAAUGGGUGCCUUUUGUUCGUAAACCAAAAGAAAUGAAUAAACUAUGUCAACUUAC